AAUAAAAAAUAAAAAUAACACCCUGUUUGUUAGUUAGAGAGAGAAAGAGAGAGAGAGAGGGGAAAAAAUGGGUAAGAUAGUGGAGACGGGGAAGAAGAAGAAGAAAGGCCGUCCUUCUCUUUUAGAUCUCCAAAAGCGAACACUCAAAGAACAACAACAGCAGCAGCAACAGCAGCAGAAGAAGCAAAACCAAAAUCAAAAUCGAAAUCUUUCCAAUUCAAAUUCGAAUAAUUCAGCCCUUCAGACUUCUCAUAAUUACAAAUCUGCCACUCCUACCCCUCUUCGUCGAUCCACCCGCCGCAACCGUACUGUCUCCUCUCCGGAACACGACGAGGACGACGAAGAUGCCAUUGAAUUGAAUGGGAAGCGUCGAGAGAAGAAGCUCAAGCUUGUCCUUAAAUUGCCUUCAUCCCAAAAAUCGGAACCUGAUUCGGCGUCGCUUAACUCUAAUGGGUCAGAAUUGAAAGGGGAGGAGGAUGAAGCAACGGCAUCGUAUCGCAGAAAGCGGAAAAUCAAUGCGAUCGGUGAUGGAUCUGGGUUUGGUGUCAGCGAAAAGGAAGAGAAGUCUGUUGCUGGCGCAAACCCCACAAAUCAUGUACAAGAUUCGGGACCCUCAACGCCUUUACCUGAUAAAAAGCUGUUACUGUUCAUCCUCGAUAGGCUUCAAAAGAAGGACACGUAUGGUGUGUACUCUGAACCAGUAAACCCAAAUGAGCUUCCGGAUUACCAUGAUAUCAUUGAGCAUCCCAUGGAUUUUGGGACUGUCAGGAAGAAACUAUCUAGUGGGGUUUACACCAACUUGGAACAAUUUGAGAAAGAUGUUUUCUUAAUAUGUUCAAAUGCGAUGCAGUAUAAUGCUCCUGAUACCAUAUAUUUUAGACAGGCACGAAGUAUUCAAGAGCUGGCCAAAAAGAGUUUUGAAAAUUUAAGGCAAGAUAGUGAUGAUAAUGAACCAGAAACUAAAAUAGUGAGGAGAGGUAGACCUCCAACCAAGAAUUUUAAAAAACCAGUUGGUAGGCCUUCACUGGAGCAUGCUGGUUCAGAGGUUGCCUUGGAUCGAACUCCUCCAACUGGGGGAGAGAGCACCAUCUGGUCCAAUAAUGAUCUGAGAAAAGGACCUCAUGUUUCAGACAAGAGCUUUGCAGAUUCAUCAAGUCGAUCACAUGGUUCUCGCAAUGACGCGUAUUGGUUAACUGACAACAAAAAAUCUGAAAGGAAUGAAGAUGCUACAGGCUCCAUGUAUAAGGGUAAUUCAAUGAAGUAUGGGAAAAGACAAUUUGUACUUGAUGAGAACAGACGGAACACAUACAAGCAAUUGCCGGCUGGUGGAGGUGAACCAUCUGUGUUGACUACUUUUGAUGCAGAGAGGAAGCAGCUAAUGGCUGUAGGGCUUCUGACAGAGCAUGGUUAUGCAAGGAGCUUAGAUCGAUUCGCUGCAAAUAUUGGCACUGCUGCUUGGAGAAUUGCUUCGAAGAGGAUUGAGAGGUCUUUGCCUCCUGGAGUGAAGUUUGGCCCUGGGUGGGUUGGGGAAAAUGACAUACCGCCUCAGAGGCCAUUGCUUCUUUCUUCAACCCUUCAAGGUCUGCCGUCACCAUCACGGCUUCUUUCUCUUCCUGAGGAUUCAUGUGCUGUUGCCCCUUGCAAUGUUGAAUCGAGAGAAAAACUAUUAGCAAAACCUGACAAUAUUCUGAGCAAGAACGAGGUACCUCAAAUUCACUCAGCUUCGGAGGCACAAUUAAUCAAUGCUCUUCCUCCAUCUGCCUCAACAUCUACACCCCCUGCAGCUGCUCGUAAAUCUGAACCUUGCACAGAUAGUGAAGCAGAAGCAGCAGUUGAUGGACUUAAUUCACACGUGGGUCUUAACAUUAUCAACAGCAAUACAACUAUGAUCAGGCCAAGGCUUCCCUUCCAGAUUCACCAGAGCGGCACUGUUCACCCGGGCAUUAAUGGAUUUAAUGGCGCAUACGAGUUUAGUCUUCCAGCGCAGAUGGGAAAACUAAUUGGGAAUGCCAGACCUGCUGGUGCUGGAUUUCAGCCAUGUCAGAUGUCUGAUAGAAUCUCUAGAACUAAUACUAACUUUGUCCAUCAAGCAACAACAAACAGCUUGAACUCGGAAAAUCCCAAGUUUUCAGAUAAUUCCUCUACAAUAAAUCCCACGGGUGCACUACCUAAUUCUGGGAACGAGGAAAAGGAAGCACAAAAAUCUGGAGUCAAACAUGGACAUUCUUGGCAACAGUCAAAACCAGAUCCAGGAGUGUCACCACAACAGAAGCCAGAUUUAGUCCCACCUGACCUGAAUGUCAGAUUUCAGUCUCCAGGUUCUCCCAGUUCUAGCCGUGUGGAUUCAGCACAGCCAGAUUUGGCAUUGCAGCUGUAAGAAUAAUCCUGAGUUAUUAUCAUUAUUUUCUUUUUCUCAUCUCUUUGAUUUAUGUUAACCAUAGAAUGGUGGGUUCAGAAUUUGUGCUCGUGGAAGGUCCCUGGGAGGAGCCAUCCGAGCCAUGCCUAAUUGUAUUGUACAAGAGUAGGUUGUUUCUGUACAGAUUAAUCUAUCCUAAUUUGUAGGUUCAUAAAAAGAGAGAAGCUUUCAUUUGUAACAUGGAAACUAAUCAAACCCAAGAUGUAGCAAGAAUUUGAUUAUAAUGCAUUUCAUGUUAGUGGGUCAUAAA